UGCUAUAAUAACAACUGCUUAAUAUAUCUCUCGAGUAAGAAAGAUUCAGAAUGGUUCCCUCAGAAACCCAGGCGCUGCAGGCAGAUAGCAACAGCAGGGCGAGUAUAUAUGCCUAGCACAACUACGAGCAGUAACAACUCGAACUGCUCCGAUGUUACUGAACGAAGCAUCCAGGCAUUGAAGGAAGGACUUAGCAGCAACACUCUUCAACAUUCUUCAUCACUCAUGCCAAGCAUCAUAACUAGGAAUAUGGAUAAGAGAUAG